UGCUCCUACCGACAUACGAUAAAAAUCGGUUUGAGCAAGUCUUUUCGUUUGUCAGAUGUGAACAUGAACAUUUAUUUCUGUUAAAAUACAAAUAUCUUUACAUAUCCUGUGUCAGCUACGAAAAACAUAAACAAGCUGCAGUUGCUGCAGGCAAACAUCGCGCUGAUCGAUUUAGGAAAAUAUAUAAUAUUUUACUAAUUCCACCGUCAUGUUCUCAGAAAAAAUAGGACAACUUACACAGUUGCUCGAGAAACAAGAAAUAGAGGCACCGAAUGGGAUAGUUUCAGUUCAACUAUAUUCAGAAUUAUUUGCAGCGUAUUUGUACCGAGACGACCUGUGCAAUGCCCGAUUUCUGUGGAAACGUAUUCCCCUUAGCGUCAAAACCGGCCAUGCUGAACUGGAGCAAAUGUACAAAGUAUAUCAGUGCCUGUGGAAUAAUGACAUUGCCGGAUUUUAUAAAGUCAUAAAUCACGACUGGUCCAAGCAUGUGUCAGAGCUUAUGUUUGAAUUGAAGGAAAAAAUUCAACACGAAACUAUCAAUCUUAUUGGGCGGGCGUACAGUUCGAUCCUUGAGAAUGUUUUCUCUGAAAUGACCAACCAAACGCCGGAUAUGAUCGAUGAAAUGUGUAAAAAUCUCAAAUGGGAAAUCGUGGAAGGACCCCGCCCUAGGCUAAUUCUGCCAAAGCAUCCGGUAGCAGAGAAACCGUUAGUAGUAAGUGCCGAAGAUCAGUUGCAGGAAUUAACCAAUUUCGUUUCAUUUUUGGAAAACUAAGAAUUUUGUGUGCAAGAAAAAUGCUAUCAGUUUUCGUUCGAAUAAAUUAUCGCCUGAAAUUCUGACAAUUUUUCCU